CCGACUCCUUAUAACACUAAUAUAAAAUUCGAAGAAAUACCAGAAACACGUCAGCUUUAGCACACAAGCCAGUUAAAUUCCAAUAAUAACACGAUGUUUCCGAAAUGGUUCCGCGCUUUCCUGCUCCUAAACAUUUUGCUCUUUGUCGAAUUAUACGCAUUCGAGCCUCGGCUACGAUGCUACGACUGCACCAACUGUGAAGACAGCUACCUGAAAUCGGCAAAAAGUUGCGAUCCCCGAUUCUUCUUCUGUGUGUACUUCCAAAAACCAACGAAUGAAGUGGACAGAUACUGUGGCAUCAACGGCAAUUGCACCGCACUUGUCGCACUUGCCGGGGGUGGCAACUGCUCUAUGUGCUCGUCGGAUCUAUGCAAUUACAAGUUCUACACGGAUCGCGCGCACCCGUCACUCGCCGCCAACAUUCUUGUCACCUUACUCUCAGCAUUCAUUGGCGUAAUAGUCGCCUGAGGAUCAGAUCAUUACCAUGCAUUGUUAAUAUUUUUCAAUCGCAACAUUUAAUAAAAAGAUAAUCGGCUAAAACAGAUGUGAUUCAUGGAUUUUGGAGGUCUGUUAUCACCGGAUGCGCGCUCCCGCAAUCGUUAGAACGACGCAUGCGAAGUACGGCAUGGAGCGGACUCGGCCCGCAGUCCUCUCGCAUUCGCUUCGUGUGUGUUGCUGCCGCUGGACAAGUGCACCCCCGACGGCUGCAGGAAUGUUAGCGGUGUUCGGUAUGUCGCGCCUUUUUCGAUAAUAAUUCCGCACUUCGACAACAGGUCGAAAAUCAUCAUCGCAAGUCGCGCUCAAAGCAAUAACAUUCACCGCUUUUCAUCUUACGAACGCUAUUUUACAUCAAUUCCUUCUCGUGGGAACUCACUGGAAAUCAACAGAUGCCGGAGAGCCUGCUGCUGCCGACCUACAACGCGAUGGCGGAGGCCGAGCCCGACCUAAGCACCUUCGAGAACAAGACUGGGCUCGCCGAAGACAUGAAGUUCCUCGCGUCCAUGCCGGAGUUGUGCGAUGUGACGUUCCUCGUCGGCGACACCAGGGAGCCGGUGUGCGCCGUUAAGGCCGUGCUGGCUGCACGCUCGCGUGUUUUCCACAAGAUGCUUUAUCAGGCCCCCAGCCCGCAACGCAAGAAGGAGGCGGCGCCGCGCGAGAAUAAGCUGCGUCUGUUCCUGAAGCGCUCCUCCGAGCCGCUGCUGAAUCUACAGAAUGCGUCGCAACAGAGAGGCUACACACAGCAGUUGGCUCCCAUCCAAGAGCCACAGUCGCAGCAGCACCAGACGCUCAUUAUCGAGGAGUUUGAACCAGACGUGUUCCGCCAGCUCAUCGAGUACAUCCACACCGGCUGCGUCACCCUCCAACCGCGCACACUGCUAGGCGUAAUGAACGCGGCAGACUACUACGGCCUGGAUGAGUUGCGGCGAGCGUGCGCCGGAUUCGUUCAGUGCUGCAUUAACGUUGAUACUGUCUGCGCCCUGCUGGCAUCAGCCGAACGAUACAUACAGUAUAAGUGCACCAAGUCGCUGGUGCAGAAGGUGUUGGAAUUUGUUGACGAACAUGGCAAUGAAGUGCUCAACCUGGGCUCCUUCACACUUCUGCCGCAACACGUCGUCAGGUUGAUUCUGGCACGCGAUGAACUGCAAGCGGAUGAAUUCACCAAGUUCCAGGCCGCACUCAUGUGGGGCAAGAAAUACUGCGACAGCAAUCCCAACACCAAUCUGAAAGAUGUCAUCGGCAAUUUCCUCGAGUACAUCCAAUUCCACAAGAUACCCGCAAACGUUUUGAUGCGGGAGAUCCAUCCGCUCGGCCUGGUGCCCUACAGCAUUAUCAUGAACGCACUGGCUUACCAGGCAGACCCGGCAAGCGUCGACCCCGGAAAGCUGUCCCCGAAUCGAGUGAGGCGCAACGCGCAAGGACGCUCCAUGUCCGUGCAGAGCUCCCUCGACCCGUACGGCUCGAACACGACGCUGAGCUCGAGCGGCUCCAGCGAACUGGCGUCCUCCGAGGGCAAGCAUUCGACGUCCAAUUAGCAUACGGCCACUGGCGCGCCGCACCACAGCCAUCAUCAUCACACACACCCGCCCCCAGCGCACCCGGGCCCCAUGCAUCAUUCCGCCCCACCGACCACCCACUCAUCUCCCGCUCACUCCUUCACAUUCACGAUCGUUCUCAAGAAAGUGACGCCCAUUCAGCGGCAUUAAGCCGCCUCCACACACACACACACCCCGCAUGACCACCCUGGACCGGGACCAAACGAUUUCACCAGCACCACACGCCCUCGUGUUUACCAUGACUUCCGAACUCUUUCCUUUCGUUGGUUACCUUCUCCUCGUUUGUUGCGCGGCGCAACAGUGGCUUUUAAGAAACAUGAUGUACAUAGAGAAUUGUACAUUAGCAAUGGAUAUUGUUUCCACGUAUAUGCUCGCUCUGCGAGCUCUAUUUAUCGGUCUGUUUUUGGUUUUGUACUUUUUGAUACGUAAUAUUGCGGUCUUCUAUGCUUCAACACGCAUUACUAACUGGGUCGUCAACAACUACUUUUGAUUGUAUAUUUAUCUUUGCUGUUUUUUUCUCGAAUAAGUUGUUGUGGUAAAUACGAAAUACGCCAAAGUAUUGAUUGCAAUUAUAAAAAUAGGUGUGCGUAACUUCGUCAAGUCGUCUGUGUCUGUACUAAAAGGAAUACCAAACAUACAUUAAUUGCGCGCGGAGAAGGCGGCGGCAGGGCACGGGCAAUGAGUAUUUUUGAUAAAUAUAAAUUAUUUUUGUUACGCGUAUAUUCAGACAUUCACCAGGAACCUCAUCUCAAUUCCGGCUGCGUCGAAAUUAUGCCGUUACCCACGCAGUGAGCGCGCGCGCAUCACCGCGCGAUUCAUCCGCCGCCUUUUGCAAUAAGAAAUGCUAUUUUGCUAACAUGUUACAAGGGGUAAAAAAGCGUCAAUCUGAUAUGUACAUUGUAUAUUCAUGUACUCAUUACACAUAAACUAUCGUAUGUUGCAGACAGUG